AGAACCUGCCCGGCAUAUAGAAAGCACUGCAGCUGUUGGUGAUGACAGUGAGGAUGAUUGCCUAGCUUUCCUAUUGGAUCACCUGGUCCCUCCUUUUUUCCCCAGUAGGACAGGGCCCCUUGUCUAUAUUUACUGAUGAAUAUGGGAAAACUUUGGCCUCAGCUUAACCCCACCGAGUGUGCCCUUAGUUUCCUUGGUGCCCACUCACUCCCCCUCCUGCCCAGCACAUCCUCACCGCUCCUGCCCCCACAGCGAGAGCCAGCCUUGGGCUGCUUGCAGGUGACAGCAGACAGUCAAGUUUCCUUGCCUUGAUUUCCCCUAUCUGUAACCCGUGGGAGAACAUUUAGCCCUCCCCUUCCUUGUACCAGCGCCUCCAGGGCUGUGAAUGGUGUCAGGUGGCAUCUAUUAAGGGAGGCCAGCCGGUUAGAGCAGGACUUUGCUGUACGAUGUGAGAGGGUCCGGGCCAGGGCCAGGGCUGAGCCUCGGGGCCUGGUCAUGCAGGAACCACUCAGCUUGGCGUGGGCUGGGAGUGGAGCUGAGCUCCCUUGGUGUGGUUCUGGGAGCAGAGCACGUCCCCCGGUUGUUCUACCCACAGUGGAGCAAGUGGGAUGUUGUUGAGAAAGUCAGACACAGAAUGUUCUGACCCCAGACUGGACAGUGCUUUUUGCCCUCAGGAUGCUUACAAAGGGGCAGCAGAAGGCUUACCGAAAGGAGGAAGCUCUCAGAGCUGUGAAUAACCAGGGUCAUUGCCUUCCCUUUGGGCGCCAGGCACUGUGCUGGGCGCUCCUUUGUGAAAUGAGGAAAACCAGGCUCAGAGCUUCCUGAACUCCCCCCCCCCCCCCAGGCAAGGUCACCCAGUGGAAUAUACUGGAGACGGGAUUUAAACAUGCAUCUGGGGGGAUUCCAAAGUCCGUGUUGUUUCCAGGUGGGGAAAGCUGACUCCGAGGCAGAGUUCCCAAAUCUGUGACUUUCUGGAGCCUUGUUGUGAAAUCUCUCAGCACGUGAUGUUUGUGUGUUCUCUUUUCUGCCCAAAGUCUCAGCCUCCCCUCCCUCCCCCCUCACCUGGCUGCUGGGCUGGUGUUGAACUGAACCCCUCUGCCUCUUUUCCUCCCUCCUAAGACCUGGGGGGGAGAGGGAGCUGUAGCAGAAUUUAAGAAGUGCAACAUGGCCAGGGGCUGCCUCUGCUGCUUGAAGUACAUGAUGUUCCUCUUCAAUUUGAUAUUCUGGCUCUGUGGCUGUGGGCUGCUUGGAGUGGGCAUUUGGCUCUCCGUGUCCCAAGGCAACUUUGCCACCUUCUCCCCCAGCUUCCCCUCGCUGUCUGCAGCCAACCUCGUCAUCGCCAUAGGCACCAUCGUCAUGGUGACGGGCUUCCUGGGCUGCCUGGGGGCCAUCAAGGAGAACAGGUGCCUCCUCCUCAGUUUUUUCAUCGUCCUGUUGAUCAUCCUCCUGGCGGAGCUGAUCUUAAUUAUCCUCUUCUUUGUCUACAUGGACAAGGUGAACGAGAAUGCCAGGAAGGACCUCAAGGAAGGUCUGCUGCUGUACAACUCGGAGAACAACGUGGGGCUUAAGAACGCCUGGAACAUCAUCCAGGCCGAGAUGCACUGCUGUGGCGUUACCGACUAUACAGACUGGUACCCCGUGCUGGGGGAGAACACGGUUCCUGACCGCUGUUGCAUGGAGAACUCCCAGGGCUGCGGCCGCAACAGCACCACCCCGCUUUGGAAGACGGGCUGCUACGAAAAGGUGAAGAUGUGGUUUGACGACAAUAAGCACGUGCUUGGCACGGUGGGCAUGUGCAUCCUGAUCAUGCAGAUCCUGGGCAUGGCCUUCUCCAUGACCCUCUUCCAGCACAUCCACCGGACUGGGAAAAAGUACGACGCCUGAGCGGGCUGGCCGCGCGCCCCGGCCCACGCGGACACUGUGCCAGGGAGGAAGACUUCAGCUGUGUGUCGCCUGCCCACACCCUGCAGACUGCUGACCUCUGCGCCCACCUCCCGGGUCCGCCUCUCGCCACCUGCCUGGGCCUUCUUGGUGGGCGGAGGCCGGGGAGGAGGAGGCGCGGAGACCUUGGGGUGCCCGGGCAUCCAGAUUCCUGCAUCUGUGUAUUUGCCAAAGAAGACAGGGUGGGCGGGGGGCAUGCUCUGGGAGCCCCCGGCACUGAUGCGUUACUGCCCUGCCCUUCCUCAGCUGACACUUUUUCCCCUCGUGGGGGGCGCAGUGUUGCCUCCUGGUGGAGAGACUGCCCAGCGGAGAGGGGUGCGCUGGCGGGGGUGGGGCUGAGCGCCUCCCGCCAGGCCCCUGGGAGCGUCUCGCCCAGGCUUUUUAUACCUUAACAGUGUAACUUUUUUAUUUUAUUUUACUCUGAUUACGAUUAUUCAGGAAUACGCUCUCUCAGAUAAGUUUAGGGUUAGCUUUCUGAUUCAUAACUUUUUACUGCGUUGAUUUCUGUAAUGGUUUGAUUUUCUUUCUGAGGGUGGGGAUGGGUGGGGACAGAGGACGUCCGUCCGGUUUCCAUCGGGACAGACCACUGCACACACUCAGGAGGCUCUCGCCAGGGUGCACUGAGCGGCGGGGAGGGAAGCCUGGGAGAGAAGCCUGGGAGAGGGAGGUGAGAUGGAGGCACGGGGGUGGGGGGCAGUAUGGGGAGUGGCCGGCGCGAGAGGCCAGGGCAGGGGUCCUCUCGGGCUGGGGGUACUUUGCUGGGAAUGAGGCCAAGUGGUCAUGGGUCCUUGUGUGUCAUUGAUGAGCAGUUCUUUUUCCCUAUUUCUUCCCUCCUGGCCUCUGGCAGCCGGGAGGCUCCCCUUCCACCCCUGCGGGCAUUCCCGCCACAGGUUCUGCAAACCGGUUACUUUCACAGACAUUCCUGCUAGAAACUCUGGGACAAAUACCUCUUUAGUUCAGAUGCUGCUCACUCUCUCACGUUGCUUCUGGAAGGGGAAGCAGUCCUUCCGCAGAACUGCUCAGACAGUGACAGGGGACCCACGGCCCCAGAGACGGGAGGGGAGGGUGCCACUGGGCUGCUGACUCCCUGCUGGGGGAGAGGGAGGUCCAUCUGGGUCCUGGGACCCUCCUCUCCCUCCUGGAGCUCAUUGAGGCUAGGGUGGCAGGCAAUCAUGAGCUCGGUGACCUUGAGGGAAAAAACAGAAACCCAAGAGCAGUGAGAUGCGACUCUCCAGUAGCCCCAGGACAAGGCGGUCUGAGUCAGGGCCUGGAGAUGGCCGGGGUAGGGGGGCACUCGGCUGCAGCAAGGUGCCCACACCAAGGCUUAUACUGGUCUAAGAAAGUUGUGCAGUUUAAAAAAAAAAAAAAAGGCCAAUAAUCCAUGGGGCUGAUCUUGGAAACAACGUUCCCCACCAGCUAGCACUUCCCCACCCAGGCCUGUCUGGGCACUGCCUUUGUCCUGCACCAUCUGGCUGGGUGCCUUGCUCUCCCGCAGGGUCUGUGUCUCCUCUCCACCUCUACCUGCCUGUUCCAGGAGCCAGGACCUGGCCACCCAGCCAGCACCCCCGCCCCCUGUGUACUGUCUGAAGUAGGAGACAGGCGGGACCAGGUGUACAGACCUGGUGUGUCCAGGAGCCUUACUUUCAGGUAGUGGGGAGCAGAGUGGGGUGGUCUCGGUCUUAGGGAGAGUAAAGACCACCUCCUGAGACAGGAGUGGGGUGCUGAUGGGAAGCCUGUGGGCAGGGCUUUGGGUGCUCAUGCCCACCCCCCGCACCCCCCGUGGCCCUGUCUUCCUGGGAGGGAGCUUCUGCCAUCUCCCGGGAGCCCAGACCUGCAGAGCCCAGAGCAGAUAAAUCGCCACAGCACCAUGAAGGACCCUGGGCAAACAAGCCUUCAGGUGGCACAGGGGAUGGCAUUAUAAUGAGUUGGGGCCGGGGGGUUGUGUUUAUGCCUAUCAAUGCAAUUUUUAAUUUUUGUGAAAACGAACAGUAAAAGCCCAGCCCCUCCCAGCCCUAGGGAGGGCGUAAGGCCUCCCUGGUGUCUUGUGUUUCUGGAGCUUUAGGGGGGCCGUGUGGCCCUGGGGCCCUCUCCUGUCUCCCUCCUCCUGCCAGCCCCUGCCUCAUCUGUCUGUCCACAGAGCCCUGUCCAAAGGUCCCCAAACUGCCUUCCUGCCCGACCCUGUACUUGGUGUUUUGGUUAUUUGGCCGAAUCCACACUGGACAGCAGGGUCCAUGCAUGGAGCGGGGGGGCUCUCUGAGCCCCUUGCCUGCUGUGUAGAGCGGUCCCCACCCCCACAGAAGGCAUCCUAUGACGUCGGUGAUGCGGCCCAACACCUUCUCAGUUUCUCCCAACUGUGAUCCCACGGGCAGAAUGAUGGGAGUGAGUCCCCUCCCUGGUGCACCGCCCCCCCCCCCCCACAAGGUCAGUGUUAGUUCAGUGAUGCAGGCAGGCCACAGAGUUGGCCCCCAAGCCAAGGUUCUGCAGCCUUCAGGGGCGUGUCUGCCUCCACGGCCUUUCUCUGCAGCCACCUCGCAGGGGAUGUGAUCGAGCAGCACUGAGCUGCCCUUGGGGGCAACACCGGUGCCCACGACCGCCGCCCCGCUGGGGGAGUGCUGCCCCUCCCUGGCAGUGUGGGCUUGCAUGGUGGCCUCUCACUCUGAAAGGGGUGCUGACUCACUCCAGCCCCUCACUCAGGAGUUCUGGUUUGACGCUGACCCCCUUGCUUUGGUGGCCAAAGAGUGGUCCAGGUGGAUGGGAAGGACGUCCUUGUUUCUCCGGCCCCUGCCCACCCGCUGGUGGAGGUGCUAACAGCAGGGACCCGGCAAGGACGGGAGCUGGGGACGGGUGCCUGGGGUCCACUCCGCCCCUCGGCCCUUCAGAGCCGCCUCUUGUGCUCCUGUCCUCCCAUCCCCCUCUGCCGCUGUGGGGCUGAGGUCUGGGGCGCAUCCUGGCUUCCCUCCCUGACCAGGCCCUGGGGGUGGGGGUGGGGGCACAGCGGGGGGCUGGUGCCCACACCCUGCCUGCCUGGGGGGGCACAUGUGCUGGUUUCAGUGCACUUUUCUGCUUGUGAUGCCGUCUCUGUGCGCCUCCUUCAUCCUGGUCCCAGCUUUAUGGAACGCCAUGUUUUUAGCAUGUUUUUAAAUAAAAAUUGAUAACGUGUCAAAAGCACAAGGA